AUGCGGUCAUGGGCUCCAGCACUGCUGUGUCUGAGCGUCGCCGUUGUCGUGUACUCGCUGCCUUCGCUGGCCCUCAGGGAGAGCCCCAGCCGGGCGCAGGCACAGGCCACCACGCAAGGGCCGAAGGUCAGGGCCCCGGAAGAGGAGCAGCCUGACGCGAAGGAUUGUGGAAUAGCACCACUUAGGGGUGCGACGGAAGGGUCUCGGAUUAUAGGAGGCACAGAAGCUGGCGUGGGCUCGUGGCCAUGGCAGGUGAGCCUGCAGAUUCAAGAUGGCGACCUUCUUGCACAUGUGUGUGGUGGUGCUCUAGUGAGAGACAGGUGGGUCCUCACAGCUGCCCACUGCACUAAAGAGACUGGAGACCCUCUGAAGUGGAGAGCUGUGGUCGGAACCAGUGACCUCUCCCAGAGCCGCCACCACUCCAGAAGUUUCCGAGUGACAGCGAUCCUCAUCCAGCCAGACUUUGUUCUGGAGACUUUCGUAAAUGAUAUCGCACUGUUCCGUUUAAAGAAAGCUGUGAGGUAUAACGCCUACGUCCAGCCUAUUUGUCUGCCUUUUGGUGUUUUCCAGAAACUGGACCAAAACACAACAUGUUUUAUAAGUGGCUGGGGAAGAACCAGAGAAGGAGGCAAUGGCACGAGCAUUCUACAAGAAGCAAGAGUGCACUUCAUCCCCCGGGACAUCUGUAACUCCAACAGGAGCUAUGGAGGAGUGGUUCCUAACACCUCCUUCUGUGCAGGACACGAAAAUGGCACCUUUGACACGUGCAGGGGAGACAGCGGUGGGCCCCUAAUGUGCUACCUGCCGGAACACAGACGGUACUUCGCUAUGGGAGUCACCAGUUACGGCCACGGCUGCGGGCAGAGGCAUUUCCCAGGCGUCUACAGCAGCCCAGCCUUCUUCCAGCAGUGGCUGACAGAUCACUUAUCACAAGGGAGCGCUAGGUGUGUUUUUGAUAUGAACACGGUGCUGAGCCAGGUCCUCCUGGCCCUAGGCUGCACCAUCCUUCUAGGAGUGACAUAA